AUGACGCUGCAGUGGGUGGCAGUUGCAACUUUUCUUUACGCUGAAAUAGGACUCAUUUUAAUCUUCUGUCUCCCCUUUAUUCCUCCUCAGAGAUGGCAGAAGAUUUUUUCAUUUCAUGUCUGGGGUAAAAUUGCCACUUUUUGGAACAAGGCUUUCCUUACCAUUAUAGUCCUACUGAUUGUUCUGUUUCUGGAUGCUGUGAGAGAAAUAAGAAAAUAUUCCUCUGCUCAUGCCAUUGAGAAGAGCGUAACCAGCAGACCUUUUGCCUAUGAACAUACACAGAUGAAACUUUUUAGGUCUCAAAGAAAUCUUUACAUUUCUGGAUUUUCAUUAUUUUUUUGGCUAGUGUUAAGACGUCUGGUUACCCUCAUUACUCAGCUGGCAAAAGAACUGUCAACCAAAGGAGCACUUAAAAGUCAAACAGAAAAGACUAACAUGGCUGCCAAAAGAUUUAUGGAAGAGAAUGAGAAACUAAAACAGAUAUUGAAAACCUAUGGCAAAGGAGAGCAACAUGUAUUGGAAGUAGAAAAUAAAAAACUAGUAGAAGACCAGGAAAAACUGAAGACUGAAUUAAAGAAAACUUCAGAUGCCCUUUCUAAGGCGCAAAGUGACGUGAUGACAAUGAAGAUGCAAUCAGAGAGACUUUCAAAAGAAUAUGACCGACUCCUGAGAGAGCACUCAGAACUUCAGGAUCGUUUACAAAAAGGCAGUAAGAAAGGCUUGUGA